UGCCGGGUGGGCCGUCAGGGGAGACGAGGGGACGAGAGGCUUCCACCCUCUCCUGCCUCUUUUUCCCAGCCCGUGGAGUGUGGACAGAGUAAGUGCUUCUGUCGCUGGGCGUUUUCAGGUGAUCUCAGGUGACGUUUGAGAACCUGUGUUGUAAAGUCUAAAGGAGGGUGUUGCAGAAGGGGGUUAUAGUUCAGUGCUGGAGUGCGCGUGGUGUGCGUGAGGUCGCCAGCACUGCCACUUAAAACAUAAACAAACAAACCCAAUCCCCCCAGCCCAGAAAUAAAUAAAUAAAUAAAUAAAAUCAGGGAAGGUGUUGCACAAAUGAAGAGGCCCCCCCCAACCCCACCCGCAGAGGGAAAGACAGAUGGACACCCCACCCUGGACCAGGUUAGUUUUCUCAGAAUUGAAUGCAUUUUGGCGUCUGGGGUGAACGCUGACAGAUCAACUGGAAGAUGGUCUGUUUAACAGGACAGUCAGACUAACAACUGUCUUUCUCAGAGUCCGUAGAGGAGGCCGCACCAGCACUUCCAAAUGAACAACCGAAAGGAAGACAUGGAAAUCGCGUCCCACUACCGGCACCUGCUCCGCGAGCUCAACGAGCAGAGGCAGCACGGCGUCCUGUGCGACGUGUGCGUGGUGGUCGAGGGCAAGGUCUUCAAGGCCCACAAGAACGUCCUGCUGGGCAGCAGCCGCUACUUCAAGACGCUGUACUGCCAGGUGCAGAAGACGUCCGAGCAGGCCACCGUCACGCACCUGGACAUCGUCACAGCCCAGGGCUUCAAGGCCAUCAUCGACUUCAUGUACUCCGCCCACCUGGCCCUCACCAGCCGCAACGUCAUCGAGGUGAUGUCCGCCGCCAGCUUCCUGCAGAUGACGGACAUCGUGCAGGCGUGCCACGACUUCAUCAAGGCCGCGCUGGACAUCAGCAUCAAGCCGGACGCCUCAGACGAGCUCUCGGAGCUCGAGAUCGGCGCCCCGUCUGGCAGCAGCGCGGACGCACUGAUCUCAGCCGUGAUGGCCGGGAGGAGCAUUUCCCCGUGGCUGGCUCGGCGCACGAGCCCCGCCAAUUCUUCUGGAGACUCGGCCAUCGCCAGCUGCCAUGAAGGCGGAAGCAGCUAUGGGAAGGAGGACCAGGAGCCCAAGGCCGAUGGCCCCGACGACCUGUCCUUGCAGCCGCUGUGGCCUGGCGAUGUGGGCUACGGGCCUCUGCGGAUCAAGGAGGAGCAGGUCUCACCAUCUCACUAUGGGGGUGGCGAGCUGCCCUCCUCCAGGGACACUGCCGUCCAGAACUCGUUCUCAGAGCAGGUCGGGGCGGAUGGCUGGCAGCCCACAGGCCGAAGAAAGAAUCGGAAAAACAAAGAGACAGUUCGCCACAUCACGCAGCAGGUGGAGGCCGACAGCCGGGCCGGCUCCCCAGUGCCGUCUUUCCUCCCGACAUCCGGGUGGCCGUUCAGCAGCCGCGACUCAAGCGCUGACCUGACCGUCGCCGAAGCCAGCAGCUCGGACAGCCGCGGGGAGCGGCCGGAGCUCUACGCGCACAUGGACGAGGGUCUCCUGGGCGGAGAAGCUGGCUACCUGGGCCCACCUCUCACCCCAGAGAAGGAGGACGCGCUGCACCAGGCCACCGCCGUGGCCAACCUGCGGGCAGCGCUCAUGAUCAACGAGUUCGCGGUGAUCAGGAAGAAGUUCAAAUGCCCGUACUGCAGCUUCUCGGCCAUGCACCAGUGCAUCCUCAAGAGGCACAUGCGCUCCCACACCGGCGAGCGGCCCUACCCCUGUGAGAUCUGCGGGAAGAAGUUCACCAGGCGCGAGCACAUGAAACGGCACACGCUGGUCCACAGCAAGGACAAGAAGUACGUGUGUAAACUGUGCAGCCGCGUGUUCAUGUCGGCCGCCAGCGUGGGCAUCAAGCAUGGCUCGCGACGCCACGGUGUGUGCGCAGACUGCGCAGGUCGCAGCGGGGCCGGGCCCCUGGACAGCAGGGGCGCCGAGGGCUCCCCUGAGCUGUUUGCUGGCGAUGGGCCGUACCUAGAGGACCCUGAGGACCCGCGCGGCGAGGGCGAGGAGGAGCUGGGCGAGGAUGAGGACGACGUGGGCCUGGCCCACGAGGACGCGCUGCUGGGGGAUGACAAGGAGGACGAGGACUCGCCACGGGGGCCCCACAGCCCCGCAGGGGGUGGCGACAAGGACUUCACCUGGAUCUCCUAGGCUGGGGCUGGGGCCUCCUGUCUGCCUCCGCCGCUGGCGUGUGUGCCCCACCCCCGAUGUGCGCAGAUGCCAGCCCGUGGGUUCAGAAGUGAGUGGGGCUCCAGCCGAGCGUGGAGCCGGGGUGCGGGGGCAGCCAGGGAGCUGUGUGGUCUCCACAGCAGGUGGGAGUGGUGGACAACGGGGGAGCCCACGGUCUGGGCUCCGGCGCACUGUGGUCUGAGGCCAGGAAAGGGUGGACACCGCCGGGCUCCCAGGUGCGUCCCCGGGGGCUCAGGUCCGGGAGCUGCAGACCUGGCACCGUGUCCACCCUCCCCCCUCUCCCCCUCCGCCUCUGCAGCCUGGUCACUGCCUGCGGCCGCUGCACCCCAGGCCACUGGCUCUGCGGCCACCCUGCAGGGUCCGGGUCCAGGUCCCGUGUCCGGAAAGCCCCGCGGCCCCCCUGCCUCCGGGCUCUGGUGCUGAACGCGGGGCAGCUGCUGACCACGGGGCAGCUGCUGACCGCGGGCCGGGCUCCCAGGUGCUAUCUUCCGUGGGGCGGCCGCGGAGCCGGGUGCUCCCGCUGCAGGGCCUGCUCCACGUUCUGCGUGCACUUCUCAGGGCCCGGGCCGUCUGCCGCCCAGGCCCGUCCUGCUGACCCUCCCGGCGGGCUUGCCUUCAUUGCUGCUAACACUGGAGGGUGUCCCGCUGCCGCGCCCCUCCCCGCGUGGGUAACCAGACUGCCUGAGUCCUAAGGUAGCAGGUAAUCGCGUGAAGUGGUUCUGUUCAGUGUCAUCCUCCUCGCGCCGGAGCCUGCGGGCUGUCUUUUUCUUUGGCGUGUUUCCAGGUCUUGCUCGCGACCUGUCAGCGCUCUUUUCUGAGCUGCCAAGGCCCUGCGUUGCGUUGUGAGGACGUCUCCCUCCCAGGUUGCAGGGCCCAGACCGGUCUGUCUUCCUUCCCGCGGGUCCUGACCAGGCCCAUGACACAGACAUUCCGUGCCUCCCAGCUCGCUGCUCCUGUCGCGGGCCGUCUGUCUGUCACUGCAGGACCCCUUGGGUGCUGAGCUGGGGCGCCACAGGUGGCGCUGGGCUUUUCCACUCGUUUCCCACAGCCGUCAGCCCUGCGGUUUUCCAGGCAGAGAAAGGAAAACCCCGCAGACCGUCUGGGGCCAGUGGUGGCGACCGGAGCACAGCCUCCCGGCUGCUGGGGUUGGGGGCGGCUGGCCAAGGGUGCUGACCUGAAGUCUUGCCCAGGGGAGAAGUCACAGCUUUGUUUUUUGUUUUGAAUACCAUCCGUAGACGAGGGCUGCGCCCCCCCCCCCACAGCUGGGGAAGCUGUGAGCUUCAAGGCUGGCGCGGGGGCUGGGGGAGGGGGGUCCGGUGCUGGGGGCUCCGGUCCCCUUCUGCCUUUCACAGGAGACCUGGCUGAGCCUGUCAGCAGGGCGCUCACCCGUGUCCCUUUCCCCAACUUCCUAACCCUUUUAUAAACAGACUUCCUUUCUUAUAAAACGCAUUUGGAAACCGACCUUCGCUACCAAGUGUCUCUGGGUUGGUCCCGGGCCCACCUCUCAGGCCGUCCUGCCCACGACCCGGGCCACCUCCGCCCGCACUCAGGACUCCCGCUCUCCGCCCUGCUCGCUCCCCGUGCGGGACCACCCCUGCUGCCCUGUCCCCUUUCCGGGGUGUUGCCGUCAGUGCCACCGGGGCAUUUUCUCCCCUGAAACAGUUCUUUCCAGGAAAACUGAGGGUCCCACUUCCUGCCCCCGAGCCCCCAGUGUUGCUUGUUCUCGUGUGCGGUAAACUCAGUGCUGAAUUUCAGAGAUGAGACGAACACAUAGCCUCUCGGGAGGCACGGAGGGAAAAAACGUGUAAUGGUGUUUUUACGUGAUUUUUCCCCCCAAAUCAAUGUUUAAACUAAUAAAUAUUUUUUUAUGAACAGGAAAAAGA